AUGGAGCAUCGCUUGGAAAGUCACAUCAAUGCAGCAGAAACACUAGCGCAACGUGUACAAGCAACAUUAGGCUUGCUCACCAAUCUUCUCGAUAUUGGAAAUCAGGCAAACUCUAGGGAGAUAAGCACGCGAAUACUGCGUUUGACACAAGAAGGUGUUGAUGAUAAUGCUACCGUUAAGGUCAUCACUGUGUUCACAUUGAUAUAUCUACCUGCUUCGUUCGUAGCUUCGUUCCUCGGCAUGAAUGUUUUCGACUUCAAAAGCGAAGACGGCUCUUUACGGGCAAGCCCACAAUUCUGGAUCUACGUAGUAACGACCGUGCCAUUGACGAUGCUCACCGUUGGCGCAUGGUACCUGUACAAGACCAGACAUAACAAGUUGAGGAAGGCAAAAUCGUUCGCCGAGAGUGUUUGA